AUGCGCUCCUCGAUCCGCUCGCUCGCCGCGUCCUCAUCCCUCGCUCGCCCUAUAGUGGCGAGGUCAUUCGCCCGGCCCGUCGUGGGUGCUUCGCGGGCGACUUUGCCCACUGUCGGUCGGGUAGAGAAGCGGGGAUACCACGAGAAGGUUAUCGACCACUAUGAGAACCCCAGAAAUGUUGGGAACAUGCCCAAGACGGAUCAUGAUGUUGGAACUGGACUUGUCGGUGCCCCCGCGUGUGGAGACGUGAUGAAGCUGCAAAUCCGGGUAGACGACAAUGGUGUCAUCUCAGACGUCAAGUUCAAGACGUUCGGCUGCGGCUCAGCCAUCGCCUCGUCGAGUUACAUGACGGAACGAGUGAAGGGGAUGACGCUGGACCAGGCGGGUCAGGUCAAGAACACCGAGAUUGCAAAGGAGCUGUGCUUGCCGCCUGUCAAGCUGCACUGCUCGUUGCUCGCUGAGGACGCGAUCAAGUCUGCGAUCAAGGACUACCAGACCAAGCGGGAGAAGAGGCUCGCCAUGGCUGCUGCUCAAGCACCUGCUGCCGAGGCCAUGUCUGCGACUGUAUAA